CGUCUUUUCAUCUUCAAACGCACCGACCACGUCCUCGCCGGCAAAAGCACGAGCAACCAUUUCUUGAUCGCGGAUUGCCAUAGGCAGAUGCAGGUCUGUCUCGGACUCGUCGUCUGAAGCAUCCUCUGUAGUCUGUGUUUUUGACUUAGUCUUGGACUUGCUAGGCUUGGAAGCGACGAGGACGUUGGAUGUAAGGUCGAGAUCACCAAUAUUUGUGCUAGACUGGCCCUUCUUCUUGCGGCGUGUCUCACCGCGUGACCAUGCGCCUGUGGUUCCUGAAGAGGCGGGUUCGGAGAGGGAUGUGAUGUUAGGAAUAGCAGGAUUGAUGCCAGCACCGUUGGUGGUUAUUACGACAUCUUCGUCACCGUCAUCAUCAGCAUCAGCAUCCUCAGACUUGCGCUUCUUAGACACCUUGCUAGACUUCUCGAAAGCAUGUUUGAAUGGCUGGCCAUCUGCAGCACCAUAUUGGCGUCGGCCCACUUCCUCGAGCUCAUCAGCAGAACCAUCAAACUCCUCGCCAUCAAGCUCUCGUCGGAUCUGCUUGAUGAGAGCAUCGUUCGCCUCCUUCUUAGCGGCCUCGGCCUUUUGCAUGAAUUUCAUGCCCAUGAGACCCUUCUGGGGCUCAUCCUCUUCUUCCUCAAGAGCAGCCAGCUGUCGACGUAGAGAAGCAUCACCUCCGUCGGAGUCACUGUCUGACUCAGACGAAUCGUCAGAGUUACCAGCACGGCCUUCCUUUCUCCUUCGAAGCUCCUCGUCCUUGCGCGCCAUCUCAGUCAGACCAGCGCGGAAGUCAUCGUCCCAUACAGCUCGCUUUGUCUUGGAGCCGAUCUUGGCCCACUUGCUCUCCUUGUGUCGCUGGCCAACACGCUCAAGCGCUCGUCGGCGGUCUUGCGCUUCACGCUCUUCCUCAGAGUCAAUCUCGCCAGCCUCUUCCAUAGCCUCCUUUGUAGCCAUUUCAUCACGUUCACGCUGCUUUCUGUGCACGCGGUGGUAUGCCUUGCUCUUGAUCUUCUUGAUGCGCUUGGCUCGCUUAGCCUCUCGAGAGUUGAGCUCACGCUCCAUACGCUUGCGUGCAAGAGCCUCCUUGCGAGUGAGCUCGUUGCCCUCUUCAUCAUAGUCCUUCUCCUUUGGCUUUUGUGGCUUUUCCAUAGUAAGACCGCUCUGUUCCAUGAUGGACAUGAUAGCAGACUCGAGCUCGUUGCUGGGUUUUGACACAUUCAGAGGCUGUAUCUCGGUAGUAUCGAGACCGGCAGUCGCUGAGUUCUGGGGCAGGGGGAACAUAAGAUGCUCAGCUCUUCGGUUUUGCUUAACGGUAUCAUUCCAUCGAUCCAGGGUUUCAUUGGUCUUUUCGUAGGCCGCACUUCGAUCAAGUUGGUCCUGCUGUCUCCUUGCCAAAGGCACAGCCAGCUUCUUGGAAGCACCGGGACGCUUCUCCUUCUCUUCUUUGCUCAUCAGCUUCAUAGACUUCUUCACAUUGACGUCGUUGAUGCUCGUCAUUCCUAAAUCAGCAAGACUGAUCUUGGCUUUUGACUUGGGCUUGUCGUCCUCAUCGUCCUUUUGACCUCCAUAUCCCUUGAUCAUGCCUUGAAGGGCCUCGAGCUUUUCCGGACUGGCUUCCUCAUCGUCGCUCUCGUCAUCGUCACUGUCGUCGUCUUCUUCCGACUCGCCGGAUGCAUCAUCAUCAGAAUCUGAAGAUCCGGAGUGAUCUUUCUGCACGGGUUCAUCGUCUGACUCCUCGAAUUGGUCCAGAGCUGUUGCUAGAUCGAUAGCAUCUGCGCCCAGUGUUUCGCCCUCGUCGUCUUGGGAAUCGUCCUCUGAGUCGUCAUCCUUUUCGGGUGUUAGACUAGGAUCAGCUAUUCGAGAACAGAACACACUUACCUCACGCUGCGUUGUUUUGCUGCCGCGGAACGUGUAACUCUCAAACUUGUCUUCAUCACUGUCGCCAAACGCAUCGUCACUCUCAAUCUCUGAAUCCUCGUCGUCAUCUCUUAAACCCCCCAGUCGCCAUUCGUUUCCUUCACUAUCGCUUCCAUCAUCGGCAUCGUCGUUUGCUGGCCGACUAGGUCUCUUGACCUUCUUUCUCUGUGGCCCCUCCUCUUCCUCCUCGUCCUCGUCCUCUUCUUCGUCGCGACCAUGCUUUCGCUCUAUUUCAGCGUCCAAUUCUCGUGCUCGAGGAGUUCGCUUCUGUCUCGGCGCAAAGUUCUCCUGUGCGAUACCGAAUGCAUCGAGCGCAUUCUUCUGUGAUCUCGCCUUGGACUUUUUCUUGCCGGCCUUGGCUUUGGGGGCUACGACAAGGGGUCGCCCGUGAGCCUGUCUUCCGCCCAUUCUUUAAAUCAAGUACUGGUAUCCAAUUUAUCGAGUUAUGGGCAUUGCGCGAACCGGCGUGAAAUGGUUGAAUGGCGUCGACACAGCUUCCUUAGAGCAAUACUUUUUUCCAACUUUUCUGCCGUGUAAAAAAGUUUGGCGGUGAGAUGACCCUUGGCGGGGCACUAUACGUACCCAUGUGUAAUGGAGUGUAAAAUGGCGUGUGAGAUAAGCCUAUCAUAGACGUUGUAAAUUGCUGAUUCUAGUGGGGUCGAUCCCAUUGAAGACCACAGGGGCCUUUCCACCACGGACUGGGUCUAGCACCGAAUACCGAGUCACAUCGGAUGUCGAAUCUAUGGCCAAGGUCUCGUAUGAUCUAUAAGUGAGCCACUUCUUCUUCUUCGUCUUCGUCGUCCAGUUCGAUUCCUCCCAAUCUUGCUUGUUCAACCUUUGAACAUUGGCUUCGAUCAUGGCGUCUUCCUUUGCCCCGGGGCUCCGGAGGUUACUAUUCCAGGCCACGGCCACAGCGUCCGGUCCUUCAAAGUUCUUUGUCUGCAACCAAUGCCUUCGAACUGCUCCCCGGAGCAUGCCCUCGCGCGUUCUCAACGCUGUCCGAUCACGAACCUAUGCCGAUUCCGCAAUCAACAAGCCGAUUGGAACUAUCGCCGAGCAGGUCUCUGCCCGCGCAUCUCCCUCUGUCUCUCAAGCUACCAAGAAAGCAUGGCCUGAGUCCAACCCCAAGGGUGUGGGCUACUGGCUUCUCGGCAGCGCUGUUAGUGUCUUCGGUAUCGUCGUCUUUGGUGGUCUAACUCGUUUGACCGAGUCUGGCCUGAGCAUCACUGAAUGGAGACCUGUCACCGGUUCGCUUCCUCCCAUGUCCAAAGAAGAUUGGGAGUCCGAGUUCGAAAAGUACCGUGCAUCGCCCGAGUUCAAGCUUCUCAACCCUCAUAUGGACCUCGGAGAAUUCAAGAAAAUCUACUUUAUGGAAUGGUUUCACCGUGUCUGGGGUCGAGUUAUUGGCCUGACCUUUGUCAUUCCUACCGCCUACCUCGUCGCCCGCCGCAAAGUUACACCUAAAAUGGCAUUGAAUCUGGCUGGAAUCUCUGCAUUAAUUGGUUUCCAGGGUAUCAUUGGCUGGUGGAUGGUCAAGUCUGGUCUUAAGGACGACCUGUUUGCUCCUGGUUCUCAUCCCCGAGUCUCUCAGUAUCGCCUCACCACUCACCUUGGUACCGCCUUUAUCUGCUAUUCUUGGAUGCUUCUCUCUGCUUUGACAGUUCUCAGAACUCGUCGCUGGCUCGCGAACCCCGAAGCAGCCAUGAAACAGAUCGGUGCCAUGAGCCAGCCAGGUCUCCGCACUAUGCGCCGUGUCGUCUUCGCCCUUGCUACUCUGACUUUCAUUACUGCAAUGUCUGGUGGACUUGUUGCCGGUCUCGAUGCUGGUCUGAUCUACAAUGAAUUCCCUAAGAUGGGUCUUGGUCUCUUCCCCCCCAAACAGGAACUCUGGGACAAGUUCUACUCCCGUAAGGAGGACCAGUCUGAUCUUUGGUGGCGCAACAUGCUCGAGAACCCCAGCACUGUUCAGAUGAACCACCGAAUUCUUGCUGUGACUACCUUCUGCUCCAUUCUCUCGCUCUUCAUCUACGCACGCACGAGACGUGUUAAGGCUAUCCUCCCUGCCAACAUCAAGAAGGGCGCUGAUGGCCUUUUCCACGUUGUAUCUUUGCAGGUUGCCCUCGGCAUCAGCACUCUCAUCUAUAUGGUGCCAAUUUCCCUCGCCGCAGCUCAUCAGGCGGGUGCUCUUGGUGUGCUGACCAUGGCUCUGGUUUUGGCCCACAGACUACAUAUCCCCAAGCCCACUCUUCGUCUCCUCGAGCAGCGAUUGAAGCAGGCUGCUGCCAAAUAAACGAGUUGCCGGCGUUGUAAGAUGUCGAAGAACAUGUAUAUUAUUCUUGUACAAUAUGGUACCCAAUAGCAUCAAUAGAAUAACGCAACAGAAGGCUGGUAAGCUGGCCAAACGACACAUAUAAUGAACACCCUGGACACACUCGACUCUUAAAAGAAUCCUUAACAUGGUUUAUAAAAACAUUGUAUUUUCUUUCUAAUUUCAUCAGACUGGAAAUCUGACCAUUCUUAUGUCGUUGUCACAGCGUAAAAUCAUGCAUUCCAACUUAUCAGUUAACCCAGUAAAUCCCAUUUUCCCAUUUUACUUGUGAGCUACACGAAUCGGUCAGUAAUUUGUUCUCGGUUUCAGGAGUGGCCAGACUUACCAAUGCCCUCCUCAGGCAUGGGCUCAAUGCCAGCAACCUCGGCGGCAAGCUUCUUCUGCUCCAGCUUAUCAUCCUUCAUGAAGGGGAAAGCGAGAACCUCACGGAUGGUGUAGUUAUCAGUCAAGAACAUGACCAUUCGGUCGAUACCCAUACCCCAACCACCAGUAGGAGGCAGACCGUACUCAAGUGAGGUACAGAAGUUCUCGUCAAUGAGCUGAGCCUCGUCAUCACCCUGGUCCUUCUGACGAGCCUGCUCUUCGAAGCGCAGACGCUGGUCAAAGGGAUCGUUCAACUCAGUGUAGGCAUUGGCGAUCUCCUUCUUGCAAACGAAGGCCUCGAAACGCUCGCACAGACCGGGAAUCUCACGGUGGUACUUGGCAAGAGGACUCAUGACUUGAGGGUGACCAGUGAUGAAAGAGGGGUUGACACACUUCUCCUCGAUGAACUCACCAACCAGCUUGUCAAUCAUGCGGGCGUUGGUGAGAGGAGGUGUGCACUCUAGGUUCAUCUUCUUGAGGACCUUCUUGAGAAACUCGUUGGUCUCUUGGGUGUGGAGUUGGUCACCAGGAGGGAACUUCUCUCCGGUAGCCUCCUCCAAAGUGGGAAUCAUUUCAUAUCGAGGCCAGGGCUUCUCCCAGUUGACCUCGUACUUUUCGCCGGUCUGGGUGUGGAAGGUGGUCUUGUAGCCACCGGUAAGGUACUUGACAAGGCCAGAGACCAUGUCCUCAGUGGUGUCCAUCAGGUCGUUGACGUCGGCGUAGGCCUCAUAGAAUUCAAUGGUAGUGAACUCAGGGUUGUGGGUGAGAUCAGCACCCUCGUUUCGGAAUUGACGUCCAAUCUCGUACACUCGGUUAAGGCCACCAACAACAAGCAUCUUGAGGUACAGCUCAGGAGCGACACGCAUGAACAUCUGCAUGUCGUACUCGUUAUGGUGAGUAGUGAAGGGCUUGGCGGUGGCACCGCCAGCAAUCUGGUUCAUCAUGGGAGUCUCAACCUCGACGAAGUCACGCUCGUCAAAGUAACGUCGGAUCCAGGUGAUCAUCUUGGAUCGAGUAAUGAAAACAUUACGGGCCUUCUCGUUGCAGAUAAGAUCGAGAUAUCGCUUGCGGUAUCGCUGCUCAAGAUCCUUGAAGCCGUAGUGGUCAUCGGGGAGGGCAUGAAGACAAGGAGUCAGGAGGACGACCUCAGUCGCGAAGAUGGACAGCUCACCCUCCUCUCCCUUCUCAAGCUUGGUCUUAGGGGCAGUUCUUCAGUUCAUUAGUAUAUGUUCUGGUUCUAGGAUAGUCAGUAACCUACCGGCCGGGGUAGCCAAUAACACCAAUGAUAUCACCUCGGCGGAGGUGUUCGUGCUGAGCAUCAAAAGCGGGAGCUCCAUCUCGCACCUCUUGCGCUUGGCACAUAAUCUGGACCUUGACGCCUUCAGUUCGGACAUCAUAGAAAAGAAGCUUGGAGCCGGAUGCUCGCUUUCCGUGGACACGGGCACCGAUCUGGAUAAUCUUGUCCUUGGCGUGCUCGCCAGACUUGAGGUGACCGAACUCCUUGACAAAGUUUCGCAGAUCGUAUGUGACAUUGAACUUGUGAGGGUAAGGAUUGGGGCUCUUGGUCUCGCGGAGCUUGUUGAUGUUCCUUGAUCGAAUCUCGAAGUACUGGUUAGGAGUGAGGUCCUUCUCGGCAGCCUCAGCACCGCCAGCCGCCUUCUUGGGAGCAGGGGCAGGACCACGCUCAGCAGCCUUCUUCUUCUUUUCCUCCUCCUUCUGGCGGGCCUUCUGACGCUUCUUCAACUCGGUCUUGGAGACCUUCUCACCAGUUACCUCAUCGAGGUGCAGGUUGGCGACCUGCUCGGUCGGGGGAGCAGCAGCGUCAGCCAUGAUUGUGUCUCGUUUCGCGGUGGGGAUAAUUGAAAUGGCAGAUCUCCAAAUCAGGCGACAGUUGCUGAUUUAAGUCUCUGCUGCCGGCAAAUUGAGUCAAGCUGUGAUGGAUGUGGUGAGUCAGUGGAAACAGUCAGGGCAUUGGAGGGGCAGAAGAAAUCCAUUGGUUUGGGCGCCACAAUCGCGGGGUAAAUUUUCAGUCAGGCAAUCCAUUCAUUCUUGAGUGAGCACAGCCACAGAUAAACUCAUUGGUAGAAAUGUCUAAAUACGGCAAAAGACCACGAGAACCAGGCAAUAGAAGUCGUAAGCUCUCCGAAUUUGGUCAUAUUAUUGAAUCAUGAGCAGGUUGUAUCUAGCUCUGAGUCUUCGUCAUUACUUAUAUACAUUUUUUUGUUAGCCAAUCAGCUAUUGCGAUUCUCAACUUCAGCCGCCCAA